AUGGCUCCUCUUUGGUUCUACUCUUUCAUCAUGCUCUGCAUCUUUUCAAUCUCCGCUCUUCCUCACUCUCUCAAUACCUCUCAACAGCAACAAUUGCUCCUGCAAUUCAAAACGGCUAUUUCCAACAACAACAGCUCUUCACUGCCAGAUUGGACUCCCCUUCACCCCCUCUGUAAUUGGUCUGCCGUUACCUGCGAUCCCUCUUUCCACUCCGUCGUCGCCCUCAACUUAUCCGACAUGAACUUACAGGGCACCAUCUCUCCUCUGCUCGGUAAUCUCUCCUCUCUUCAAUCCCUCGAUCUCUCCAACAAUGCCCUCACUUCUACCAUUCCACCUCAACUCGCACAACUCACCCAUCUGCAGGUACUCUGGCUACACGGCAAUCAAUUGCAAGGAACCAUUCCGCCCACUCUCUCCGCUUGCCGCAGUUUGUAUGAUCUGAGACUCUCCUUUAACCAACUCCAUGGCAGCAUUCCGCCUGAGCUGAGUCUCCUUACAAGAUUGAAGAUCCUCGCCUUGGGAGCAAACAAUCUCACAGGUGUCAUUCCCCCUUCUUUCAAAAAUCUGUCCACUUUAGUUAAAUUGUAUGUGGGAGUAAAUGAUCUGACGGGCACCAUUCCCAGCUCUUUAGGAAAUCUGUCUUCCUUGACCUAUUUAAAUUUGGCAGAAAACGAUCUUCAUGGCCCCAUUCCCCCUGAAUUGGGCAUGCUCACUCACCUGCAGAUACUUUCUCUUUAUACAGAUAACUUAUCAGGCACCAUUCCCAGCUCUUUAGGAAAUCUGUCUUCCUUGACCUAUUUAGAAUUGGUAGAAAAUGAUCUUCAUGGCCCCAUUCCCCCUGAAUUGGGCAUGCUCACUCACCUGCAUCUUCUUUAUCUUUAUGCAAAUAACUUAUCAGGCACCAUUCCCAGCUCUUUAGGAAAUCUGUCUUCCUUGACUCGUCUAGGAUUGGCAGAAAAUGAUCUUCAUGGCCCCAUUCCCCCUGAAUUGGGCAUGCUCACUCACCUGCAGAUACUUGACCUUUAUUCAAAUAAUUUAUCAGGCACCAUUCCCGGCUCUUUAGCAAAACUCUCGAAAUUGACAAUAUUAGAUCUAUGUAGAAACCAGCUCAGUGGACAUAUUCCACGCGAAAUUGGCACCAAGCUCUCAAAUUUGCACUAUCUCAGUUUAUGGGGAAAUCAGCUUAGUGGAAAAAUACCAAAGUCCCUUGGAAAUUGUUCCAACCUCACAGCGCUUACUUUAGCUGAAAACCAGCUCAGUGGAAUGGUGCCAAUGGAGCUGGGCAAGUUGAACCUCCUUACUCGGCUUAGCCUACAUGGCAAUCAACUUGUUAGUGAUAGCAGCAACACAUUGUCUUUUCUAACUUCUCUUACGAAUUGUUCCCACUUGCAAGAAAUAUCAGUGUCGGAUAAUCAUCUCACUGGUAUAUUGCCCCCAUCCAUAGGCCAACUGUCUUCCAAUCUCGACAUCUUGACAUUAUCAAACAACAUGAUAAGCGGAAGCAUAACACAACAGUUUGUCAAUCUAACAAACUUAACAUACUUGAGUUUAAGCGAUAAUCUUAUCAGUGGCAAUAUUCCAUUUGGAAUUGAAAGAUUCCACAAGUUGGAAAGAUUGUAUUUGGGUGGGAACAAAUUAGAAGGAAGCAUUCCAAGUGAAGUAGGUCAAAUGCAACAUCUUGGACUCCUAAACAUAAGCCACAACCGGCUUUCUGGAAAAAUCCCUGAUUCUCUUUGUAGCCCCCAACAGCUAAGACGACUUUUGCUUCAGCACAACAACUUGUCAGGGGAGAUUCCUGUUAGUUUAGCAGGAUGUCACAAGUUGGAGCUCAUUGACUUAUCUUACAAUAAAUUAGUGGGAAGGAUACCUCCUGAUGUCAUUGCCAGCCUUAAAAAUCUGCUAUUCUAUCUCAAUCUUUCAUGGAAUUCUCUGCAAGGGCCCUUGCCACUGGAGAUCAGUAAAAUUGCAAUGGCUCAAGCCAUAGACCUCUCUGGAAAUCGGCUUACUGGGCUGAUUCCGAAUUCUCUAGGAGACUGA